UGUGAGAGUUGGCUGACAUGUGUUCACACGUUUUGCAUUGAAUUGAUUCACUAUUGAAGACAAUUUGUGUCACAUUUUAGCGCUUAUUAUCACUUCAUGUCAACUGUUGUCACCAUUUGAAUGCAAUACCUCUUGAGACACCAUUUGAAUCGAUUUGAACUCAUUUACACCUAUAUAUAGACCAAUAAGAGCUAAUCGGUGAAGACAAUGGUACUCACGUGUCGGUUCUACUCGCAGAAGUUCCCAGAAGUGGAUGACGUGGUGAUGGUUAACGUGCGCUCCAUCGCCGAAAUGGGCGCUUAUGUCCACCUCUUGGAGUACAAUAACAUCGAAGGGAUGAUACUGUUGUCGGAGUUGUCUCGGCGUCGGAUCCGAUCCAUCAAUAAACUGAUUCGUGUGGGACGUAACGAAUGUGUUGUUGUGAUCCGAGUGGACAAAGACAAGGGUUAUAUAGAUUUGUCGAAACGAAGGGUUUCUCCCGAAGACAUCGUCCGCUGCGAAGAGAAGUUCGCCAAAGCGAAGGCUGUGAACAGUAUUUUGCGACAUGUGGCCGAGAUUCUGGGCUAUCAGUCCAACAAAGAGUUGGAAGAGUUGUACCGCAAGACUGCGUGGCUUUUCGAGGAGAAGAUGAAGAAACAGUCGUCCUCUUAUGAUAUGUUCAAACACUCCGUCAAUGAUGUCUCCGUUUUGGAUGAGUUAGAGCUCGACGAGAAGACUAAAGAGGUUUUGGUGACACAUAUAAAGCGCCGACUUAUGCCUCAAGCGGUCAAAGUGAGGGCAGACAUAGAGGUGGGCUGUUGUGCCUAUGAGGGCAUCGAUGCCGUGAAAAACGCUUUGAGGGCCGGUAUUGCCUGUUCUGUGGAGGAUAUGCCCAUCAAAAUCAAUUUAAUCGCACCGCCAUUAUAUGUGGUGACCACCACUACCAUGGAUAGAGAAAAGGGCUUAGAAUUGCUGAACGAAGCGCUUCAGAAGAUUGAGGUUUCCAUCAAGAAUUCCGGAGGAAUAUUCAUCGUUCAAGUGGCGGUAUAUACACUGCACUCGCAGUUGUGGCUCACUAUAAAGGCCAAAUCCUGUGCCCACCCGUCCAUUCCCCUCUAUUCUCAGGUCACUUUGUCUGAUGAGCGCAAUCUGAGCUACGGGUCGACCGCCACCUAUAAGUGCGACGACGGCUAUGAGCUGUUCGGCACUUCAGUCAGAAUAUGUUCGGACGGAAAAUGGACGGGAGAUCUGCCAUAUUGUGCUGUGAACGUGGCGUACGGCAAACCAACCAACCAGUCGAGUACUGUUCGCGGCGGUGACUCUCGCAAUGCCAACGAUGGGGACAUCACUGCUAUCCACGAGAAUAAGUUCUGUACGGAAACGAAGACAGAGUCGAGUCCGUGGUGGCAGGUGGACCUCCUACAGCCCUAUGAGAUCAAAGUGGUUAGGAUUGUGACGCGCGGCUGCUGUGGUCAUCAGCCACUACACGAUCUCGAGAUCAGAGUUGGCAACAGUUCCACAGUUCAGGGCAACCGGUUGUGCGCCUGGUUUCCCGGAACGUUAGACGAUGGCAUGCAUAAAGACCUUCCCUGUGCUGUUCCUAUAACGGGCCGAUAUGUAUACAUUCAAAUGGUUGGCAUUGAAGGCUCCCUAUCCCUGUGCGAAGUGUUUGUUUUUACGACAAAAGAGUUUUCAUCGGAUCGGUGCGGGAAUGCUAUGGAAUACCAACAGUUGACUCCUUUCAAUAAAACGUGUUAUGAGUUUCAGACACAAAGAGGCGGAUCAUUCAGUGAUGCCGAGUCUUAUUGCAAAGCCAGGGGUGGUUUAGUAGUGAACUCCGUGGUCGAUGUCAGCCAUAACUUCCUAUUCUAUGAAUUGGAGAGAAUUAAGCCUAAACUCAAGUCAAAGCUCGUAUGGCUGGGCGCCCGUCGGGAAGUCCAUCAACACAACGGACCGAGUUUUCAUCGGUCAAGAGCUUCGGUAUGGCAUUGGGUUAACGGACAGCCCGUCACUACCUUCCUGUGGGCUGAAGACCAGCCAAACAAUUAUAACGGACAGCAGAACUGUAUAGUUCUGGACGGCGGCCGCAAAUGGAUGUGGAAUGACGUGACCUGUGAUUUGGAUUAUCUUUCGUGGAUUUGUCAGUACAGACCAUCCAAUUGUGGCAGUCCUGACAAAAACGAAAACACCACUAUUAUUGAGAAAGAUUACCGGGUGGGACAGACAGUCUCAUACCAGUGCCCAAUUGGUAGUCGAUUAGACGGUGCCGCUCAGCGUCUCUGUCAAAGCAAUGGCUUUUGGCAGCACUCGGCGCCCACCUGUCAGUACAUCAAUUGCGGUCCAUUACCACACAUACCUCACGGGAGGGUUGAGUUUGUAAAUAACUCGCUGACAACCUUUAAUGCCAGCGCUCGCUAUAGUUGUGAUGAAAACUAUACUCUUGUUGGCAAUACUACUCGAGUAUGUCAGGGGAAUAGCACCUGGAGUGGUACUGAACCUAAAUGCCUAUACAGCUGGUGUCCGGUCUUGACUUUUAUACAUAACGGUGCUAUCAAUAUAACAAACCGCACUGAGAAUGGUUUGGCGACCUAUACCUGUCAUAAGGGACACAUACUUGUGGGUAACUCUACCCGCAAGUGUCAAUUGGGUGGCAAAUGGACAGACGAGGAGCCGGUUUGCAAAUUCGUUGACUGUGGAGUGCCUCUUGAGGUGAGAAACUCGCGAUUCCGGUUACUUAACGGCACCACAUAUUACAACAGUGCUGUGAAGUAUGAAUGCGACCAAAACUACACCAUUGAUGGCGCAGAGUUGCGUAACUGUACGGAACUGGCGAACUGGAGUGGCGUUGAGCCCAUCUGUAAACUGAUUGACUGCGGAAAACCAGUUGUCCCCCCAGGGGUUAGGCUCAUGAGUGACUCAUUUACAGUCCAUUCAGAGAUCACCUACGAGUGCGAAUCGGGUCACAAACUGGUUGACGGCGAGAAGAAGCAUAAGUGCCAACCCGAUGGAAAGUGGAGCGGCACCGUUCCUGUUUGCACUGCCGUUGAGUGCGGAAGAGUACAGACUAUAUUGAAAGGAGAAGUGGUUUACACCAAUUCAACUACUUAUUUGAACAGUCAAUUAGUCUACUCGUGCAGCAGUGGCUACAAACUCAUUGGAACUAAAACACGCGUUUGUAGUGAGGACUCACGAUGGUCUGGAUCUACACCUAAAUGUGAAGAAAUCCGAUGCGUUUCUCCAGAAAUUCCCAAAAAUUCAUCAGUUGUUUACAGUGGAAAUGAUAGAUCAACCAGUGAUUCAUUCAAAGUCGGUUCUACUGUACAAUACCGGUGCUCUUUGGGACAUAUAGUUCAGGGACAGUCACUUAGAACAUGUGAAUCGAAUGGCUUUUGGUCUGGAGGGCCACCCAUUUGUGUUUACAUUGAUUGCGGCCUUCCGUUUCCCAUAUCUCAUGGCAAAUGGUUACUCAGCAGUAAUACCACUUAUUAUGGAAGUACUGUUGAGUACGUUUGCGAUCAGAACUUUAAAUUAAAUGGUCCGGGAAGGAGGAUAUGCUUAGAGAAUGGCACCUGGAGCAGUUUGCCUCCCAUUUGCGAUGUCGUGACGUGUAAUAAACCUGAAACCAAAGACGACAAGUCCAUUGUCGAGGCCAACAGUUUUUCAGUCGGCGCUAAAGCAUAUUAUUCGUGUUCUUAUGGCUUGGAAUUAGUGGGCGAAGAGAUGCGGACGUGUCAGCCGUCUGGCCUGAAACCAAAGACGACAAUGGGCGAAGAGAUGCGGACGUGUCAGCCGUCUGGCCAAUGGACUGGAGAUAUACCUUAUUGUAGACUUGUGGACUGCGGUCGUCCUCCAGUCAUACCUAAUGGAAGGGGAUAUUUAGUGAACGGAACGACACUAUUUGGAAGUAUUGUUGAAUACCAUUGCCUUCCAGAGUUUAAACUUUUAGGCGAUUCUCAACAACGCAAAUGUUUGGCCACUGGGGACUGGAGUGGGACAAUCCCGAGAUGUCUUGAGUUGGCCAUCGCUAAUGAGAUUGAGAACAAUAUUGACGGCCAAUCAGAUGAGCACUCAUUUGAUGCCAUUGAAUCUUCUAAAGCAAUCGGCAUAGGAAUAGCCGUCGGGGCCGGCGCUCUGCUUAUCCUUACUAUUAUAGUCGCCGUCAUUUGCCUCAAGGCGUAA